AUUAUUUAAUAUUAGUUGUUCUUCUUUCUCCAACCUCUUCUUCUUUGAGCUCUCUGAUUCAAAAAUAUUUGUAUUUCUAUAUUUUCUUCUUUGUUCAUACAAACAUGCUUCGUUUCUGCUCUCUUCAACCAUUUCAUGCUAUUCAGAGGAGUAAAGUAGCUGGCUUUCGAUCAUUACAUACAGUGAAAAUGAAUUUAAGAGGAAACCAUAGUUUGGAAAAUCAACACCCAAUUAUGUACCAGAAUAUCAUCGUGAUGAGGCAUGGUGAACGUAUGGAUAACUUUGUACCCUCAUGGACAUCCACGGCAGCACGGCCGUGGGAUCCUCCGUUGACCCAACCGGGCCAGGUUCGAGCAUUUCAAAUAGGACAAAGUAUCCGACAAAGUCUUGGUCUUCCGAUACAUCGACUCAUUGUCUCUCCAUUUCUUCGCUGCAUCCAGACUGCUGCCGAACUUGUUAUUGCUCUCUCUGCCGUUAACGAUGUUCGUGAAAGUGACAUUAGUGACAAUAUUCUCAUUGAUCCUUUAAAAGUAAAGGUCUCUCUUGAGUAUGGAUUAUGUGAAAUGAUAAACAGCAUAGCUAUACGUCUCAAUGUUGCUCCUAAAGAUGGAAAUUUGAGUUUUGAUAUAUCAGAACUUGCAGCCAUGCUCCCAGCUGGGACAGUGGAUAAUAAUGUAGAAAUGGUCUAUAAAGAGCUACCUAAGUGGGAAGAAUCAGUUUUGCAAGCUAGGGCAAGAUAUCAACAAACAAUUAACAACCUUGCAGAUAAAUAUCCUACUCAGAACUUGUUGUUUGUUACACAUGGUGAAGGAAUUGAAGUGGCUCUUUCUUCAUUCAAAAAAGAUGUUGUGGUAGAUAAAGUGCAAUAUUGUGGUUAUGUACAACUUAAACGUCCUAUUUUUGAAAGAGAUCACUCCCUUAUUGGUGGAAAGUUUAAUGUACUAACUCAUAGUGGUCAAAGUGGGGUGACCUAUGUUUCCUCAUAAAGCUUCUCAGUAAAGAUAUCAAGCAAAGUUCAAAACCAUAUCAAGUUUAUAAUCUUUUAUUUUAUUGUGUAAUUAAAUUAGAUGGAAUGUGGAAACAAAGUGGGGGAUUCAAUUGUAAGGAUGGUUUUUAAUCAUAUUUUGUAUAAAAAAUAUUUUAUCGCUUUGGCAAACCAUCGAUAGGGGUGGAUAUGAUUCAGUUCGGGAUGAAAAACUGAACCGAACUGAACUGUUUGCUAAAUUUAAAAUAACUGAACAGAACUGUUUGCAUUUUGAA